GUAUUGUCGCACAAGCUCUCUUUGUUUGGAUCAAGGGCGUUCGUUGUUUAUCCCUAGUUACAUUCCUCGCAAAACCCGUUUCCAUUCAUCAACACCAACCUCACCAUGUCCUACCACCGAGAACCCAACAACUUCUCCAAAUCACCUCCAAGAUGUCCGUCCAUCAACGUUACGUCCCUCGAAACGCGAACGAAGAAAGCACUUCUUCCUCCUCAAUCCAAGUCCUCCGAGUAACCGACGGCGCCCGAUACCUCGCCAGCAAAAUACCCGAAGUGUACACCAAAGAUGUCCCCAUCUUCUCAGAAAGAGAGGAACGCAUAUCCGGCUACUUCCAACGACACAAAGACGACGAUGGCGCCGACUCCGACGCCUCGUACGAUUCAGAGGAAGAAGACGCCAUCGCAACUUACAAGACGAAGAUGGCGCAAGCUAUCGUCCCUGUGGCGGGAAUACCAAUAUCUCGCAUCCUCAACCAUCCCAACAUCGUUUCGCUCGUGGAUAUUGUCCAGGACUCGCUGCAAGCGGGCAAUACGAGCUUGAUCGGUGGAAGUGGCGAUGUCACGAUCUGGGAGGAUAUGGAUGCUGGCUCGCUUUCAUACAUCGUGCCCUUGGCGAAUGGACUCCCUGCGCUCGACGACAAAGCAGCCUGGGAGCAGUUGACGACGGUUAAUAGUAAACGUCCUGCGCUCCCCGAGGGUCUCUGCUGGCAUGUUCUUCGCAGCAUGGCGCGUGCGCUUAUCUGGUUGCAUCAUGGCAUCAAGGAGACGGCGGGUGUUCCUGGGGAGUGGGAGAAACGUGAUCAAGACUGGCAGCCGAUUUUGAUUCGCGAUAUCAGUCCGUCUCAGGUUUGGUUUAAGAAGCCGGAUGGGAAGAAGGGAUAUCAUUAUGGGGAGUGUAAGUUGGGAGGCUUCAAAUGGGCGAAGGUUUGUGGGACUGUUGGUGGACGGUUGGCGGUCUCGGAACGCGUACCGAAUACUCCUGAGUACAAGCAGAUGUACUGGCCUCCAGUAAGUGAGGUCGAAUUCCGAUCUGUAUUUCUUCUGCUUACUUGAAUGCAGGAGAUCUACCGAAAUACACACCCUUGGACUCGUGCCACUGAGAUUUGGCAGCUUGGCGCGACCGUCUACACAAUGAUGUGUGGACAUCCACCAUCUCGUUACUCAGAUUAUCAAUGGAAUUGCUCACGCAUGACUGAUGCAGGCUACUCUGACUUCUUAAAUACAGUCGUUCGUAUGAUGUUGAAAGAUGAACCUGGACUCCGACCUGACGCGUUGACCUUGGUUAACAAGGUUGAUUUCGAGUACUGGCAGUGGAGGGAUGGGACCAAGUUGGGGCAAGAAUAUGUGGAUAAGGAUGAUGAAAAGGUGAAGAAGGCGAGUAAUACUAAAGGUAAAGGGGGCUUGAGAAAUUUGGCUGGGGGUGGUUUCCAGGGUGUUUGAGGGGAGUGAGGUUGCUACUGCAGAUUUAGUUUUAAU